CCGUUCCGUUUGUCGAUGAUGUCAAAUCUGUCAGUUUGCAACUAUCAGAGUUCAGUUACAAAUAGUAAACAAUUAAAUCGUGAAAACAAUCCAUAAACUUACAGUAUUGUGAAUAAAAAGACUAGUUUACUUACUUAAAACGUGUGUGUAAUUAUGAUUUCAUACUCAGAAGGGAUUAUUUGAGCGGUUUUGCGUGUGUGGUGAGGCUUUCUUGCAAACGAAUAGAAAUUCCAAUAUGCAACCACGACUUUUCAGUUGGCAGAGUGAGGUCUAAGGGAGGAAUCAAACAUACUUCCAAAAAUGCACCGGAGUCUUCGCAUAGGCAGCGGGCCUUUGGACGGCAACUCCUUGUCCGCUCUAAGGUCCGGUCCCUACGAGGGCAAAAUCGCCGGUCUCUACGACCUGGAGGAGACGCUCGGCAGAGGCCACUUCGCCGUCGUGAAACUCGCCAGACACGUCUUCACCGGCGAGAAAGUCGCCGUCAAAGUCAUCGACAAAAGCAAGCUGGACGAAGUCUCCAAAGCCCACCUCUUCCAAGAAGUGCGCUGCAUGAAGCUAGUGCAACACCCGAACGUCGUACGUCUGUACGAAGUCAUCGACACAGCCACCAAACUCUACCUGAUCCUAGAACUGGGAGAUGGUGGCGAUUUGUACGACUAUAUCAUGCGACAUGACACCGGUUUAUCGGAACAACUGGCCAAAGAGUAUUUCAGACAAAUCGUCCGCGCGAUUUCGUACUGCCAUCAGUUGCACGUCGUCCAUCGCGACCUUAAACCGGAAAACGUGGUGUUUUUCGAAAAGUUAGGAGUGGUGAAGUUGACUGAUUUUGGGUUCAGUAAUAAAUUUUGUCCGGGACAAAAACUAGAAACUUCCUGUGGUAGUUUAGCGUAUUCUGCGCCCGAAAUUUUGUUGGGCGACUCUUAUGAUGCUCCAGCUGUUGAUAUUUGGUCGUUGGGUGUGAUUUUGUACAUGUUAGUGUGUGGACAAGCGCCGUUUCAAGAAGCCAACGAUUCGGAAACUUUAACCAUGAUCAUGGACUGUAAAUAUAGUGUUCCUCCGCAUGUUUCAAAAGACUGUCAAGAUUUAAUCGCUCGAAUGUUAGUUAGAAAUCCGGAAAAGAGGGCAACACUUGCGGAAAUAGCCGGUCAUAAGUGGUUAAAGGUCGACAAACAGGACAAUCCACCGAUUGAUACUCUACCUUUAGUUUCACGAGAGCAGUUAAGUGAGGAAGAUCACAAUGUGAUUGUUCAAAAAAUUGUGAAUGGAAAUAUCGCUACCAAAGAGGAAAUCCAAGAAUGUCUUGAUAAAAAUGAAUACAAUCAUAUUACCGCUACGUAUUAUUUGUUAGCUGAAAGAAAAUUGAGAGCAAAGCGACAAGAUCAAGCAAAUAAGAAUAAAAGGCCGGAACAUUUGGCUGUACCACAUAACUCACCGGCUCCCAAGAGGGAUAAUAAUGGCACUGGACCUACUCCUUGUCUGCUGUCUGUACCCAGGACGCCAGGAGAUGUACCACAAAGAUCUCGCAAAUGCAGCAUCGUACAGGAAGACGAAGAAGAAGAGGAUAUUUCCAGCUGCUCCGGCCGUGAAGAACUAGUCCCACCUCUCAACCGUCGCGGCUCCCGCUCCGAAGGCCGCCUUAACUUAGCCCUCCAAGAACGCCUCGCUGAAUCGGAACGCCUCAAACCCAUCACCGACAAACUCGAAGCCAUUGACGGCAACAAAAAACCCAAAGUCCAGCCCUUGCGCCCCGCCAAGGACGAACCUCCCGCCAAAUGGCGCAUGGGCAAAAGCUCCAGUCUAGUCGAAUCCCCAGUCCAGGCAAAAAUAAUCAAAGACAUGGUCCCCAAACCCGACACCACCACCACCACCAUCAUCACCGACUCCUCCACAAUCUCCAUUCCCAUAAUAACGACAAACUCCCCACUAUCAUGUCAGGCAAUCCCCAAAUAUAAAACCAUGCCAUCGCCCACUAGAGCACUAAGCGGCGGCUCACCACUUCAACUCAACGAGAUUUUCGAAGAGGGUGAUGGGCAGGAGACCCCACGGCCUACGUCCAGACAGUUUGUAAGUCGGAACCAAAACCGGACUUCAUACGAACAAAGACGGUCCAAGUUUCACAAAGCGAGAACUGCGUCUUGUAGUUCGUCGGAUGCGAGUGAUGACGAUAGUGAAAAGCGGAAGAAAAGGGCGCAUAAGUUGAAUAAUGCGAGUGCUAAGCCCUUUCAAGGGCGGAGGGACAGUCAUGAUGAUAGUAGUGAUUCGCAGGAGCCAGGGACUGGGGCUGGAACCGGUGGGAAUAAUAACAGGAUUACUACAACGGUGCAAAAUAAUACAACCAAUACGCAACAUUCGCAUAAGAAUGGGAGUACGGGGGGUGGUACCACAGGGGGGAGGAAAAAUACAGGGAGUAAUAAUAUUGUGUUGGGAAGGAGGCAUAAGGCUGGGAGGAGGAGGAAUGGGGAAACGAGGCUCAGGGAAAGUCAGUCUUUGAAUCGCAUCACAGAGGUGCAAGAAGACGGCGCUCAUGCCCUAGUUAUCGCCACAAGCGUCGUAGGAACCCAAGGCGUGAUGAACCCCAAAGUCAAGGGAAUAGGCGCCCGAAUCCUCCAAGGUUUCAACAACAUGUCGAUGAAGAAAAACCAGGACGAGAAAGUGACACACAUAUCGCGCAAAGAUACCGUCAAAAGCGCCGACUUCGACGGAAUCGAAAUCGAGGAAGAGAGUUGCAACAAGAUUGUGAGCGACAGAUCGGGUUUGAAAAAAAUGCGCCUGUUGGGCAAGUACUUCCAAGUCCACAAAAAAUUGUGUAUCCCUCUUCCGGGGCUCUUUAGCCGGAACAGGCUGUACAAAGCGCAGUCUUGCAGCUCGUUGUCGCGCGACAAAAUCACCCUAAACCCCGAAACUGUGAUUCGUUGCAGGCAGCGGGCCGUGAGUGUGAUAAGGAACAGUGACGGUGAUAUCAACCAAAACGACAAACCUCGGAGGAAGUCGUCGACGGUCGUGCAGUUGAAUAAUGUAUGUACCGAAUUGACGGGGAUCUGUGCCGUGCAUCUUGGACAGGCAUCGAAAUGCUGCAGUUUCUGUUGACAGUGAGUAUAUUUCAACCAAAGUUAAGCGUAGUCGAAUCAAUUAUAGCAAUCUCUUUAUUAAGCUCAAAAUCUAAUUGUCAUUCUUUUUAAGAGUCUAACUUGGCCAAAGUGUAGGAUAAUAUGUCGUACUUUCCAUUGACAUUCUUGUUUUUUCAAAUGUUUGGAUGUUGCUAACUUUUGCGUUUCAACAACACUUUUAGAUGUCAAUCAAAAAAUUGGAAUUAAAUCAAACCAAUGCAGGUGUUUUGUGGAUUUUAAUGUUAGUAGAGGUAUAUUUUUUCGUAAGGUUUUUUUUAAGAUUUAGUCUGUGCAAUCCGCUGGUCGGGUCCAUUGUCUAAUGUUAAACAUUUACUUUUUACUUAAUUUAUUUUUGCAUGCUGUACGUAAUGGGUGUUUUUCAUACUCAAGUCUUCCAGACUAAGUAUUUUUAGUUUGUAAAAUGGGUUCAGUUUAAGAAGAAUUUGCGCAUACGUACUACUCGAUUUUUUAAUUAUCACAAAAAAAGAAAGACGAUAUUUUAAAAUCAAAUACAAAUAUAAAAUAUUCAGUUACUGUUUCCCUGUUAUUUUUUAAUUAUUGAGCUGCCAUUUAAUGCGAGCUACAUAUGCUACUUUUUCUACGACACGACCGGUCAUAAUACAAAACCACAAUUUUUUUCAACCUACAAAUUUAUCGUAAUGAUAAAUCUGAGUAAAUUUGAAUUUGAAUAAAUAUGAAUAAAAAUGAAUUUGUCCGGAUCUGUCCCAAUGUAGGGCACAUUUUGGUCAUGGAUGGAAGGAGGCAAGAACGGGUAAGCAAAUUAAAAAAAAAUAAUGAUUUGUACGAAAAAACAAAAAUAUUGAAUAAUUACCUAAUCUUUUUUUUUUAAAUUACGUCAGACUUUAAAAAGGUUAAUGACGACGAUCCAGUCAUUUUGGAAGGUUUAGGUAACUUUGCAACAACUUCAUUUUAAAGGCCUUUAGAAAUGCUGUCUUUUUCAGGAAAAUGAAAAAUUUUUCAGGAAAAUUUUUUCCCCAUUCUGAUAGAAAUUACAAAAUCGUGUGCAGUUAUUUGUCACAGAUUAUAAUGUAUGGAAUUAAACCAACUUUAAUAUGUGUUAAGAUAUACAUGCAAAUAAUAACAAAAGGCCAUAAUUACAAAAGUCCGGAUAACUAAUAUUUUCGACCCAAUUCGCUCAAUUUUUUGCCUAUCUUCGAUCAAAUAUUUGAUUUUCUGGAUGAAUACAAUGCCACAGAAUUCACUGAAGCAAGUUAUUUUGCUCUACGACUUUUAAUUUUGAGGUAACUAAUCCCGCGCAUCCACCAUUUUUGAAAUCAUAAUAAGUUUUAAAAAUAAUUUCUCAAGUAGCUAAUAUUGUAAAAUUGUAGAUAAAAUACGUUAAAUGAGCCGCAAAAAGAACUGAAAGAAAUUGUUUUGCUCUACAACUUUAAGUUGGAGUUACAAAAAAAAAUUACCCGGCGCAUCCACCAUUUUUCAACUUGAGCUAAGUUUUUAAAUAAGUUGUCAACUAAGUUAGGAUUGUAACACAGCUGAUAUUACGCGUGAAAGAAGUCGCCGAAUUCACUGAAAUUUCUACAGCUUUUAGUUUUCGAGUUAAGAAUUUUAACUAAACCCGGCGAUUCCACCAUUUUUCAAGUUAAAAUAAAUGUUUUUUUAAUAUGCUCUUAAUAAGCUAGUAUUGUAAAAUAGUUGAUACAAAACGUGAAAUGAGCCGCAGAAUUCACUGAAACGAAUUGCUUUGCUUUACGACUUCUAGUUUUUUAGUUAUGAUUUUUUUUAGUAGCCGGAUUGUUGGCCAGAGCAGCUCCGGGUUUUUAUGUGAGAAAAUAUAUAAUUUCAAGUUUGAUCAAAUUUAUUAGAUUAUUUCAUAAUUUUUGCUUUAUCUAAUUUUCCCAAAAUAAUUAUGAGUGGUUGAAAAACGUGACAUUUCGAUCCGAAGUGCAUAAUUUUUGAAUUACGUUUCUGGUUGAAAAAUAUGCUAACAAAACGGCACAAAAACACUGUUUCUACCUCAAAAACGGUCUUAGAUGCUCAAAAAAUGCAAGAUUUUUUUCACGGUUGAAAACGGUAAAAAUACAUUAUGUCACAAUGUUUUAAAAAUGCCGACCUUUAUACCAUUAUUUCUUUAUACCUUUCAAAAUGUUUCCUGGAACCACGAUUUUUACACAAACUAAGGUAUUUAUUACAAUUAACUCACGUGGAAUCACUUGUUUUUAUUUAAUAUACUUUUCUUAAUACUCACAAAAAGUCUCAAAGAUUUGAGAUUUUAUUGGUAGCACUGAAAGUAAAGCUGUUUAUCCAGUUAUGUUUUGAAUAUGCGCGAAUUCUUCUUAAUCUAGAGCCAGAUUGUAUUUCCCAUGUAACCAGUUUUCUUAUAUUUAUAUUUAAUGAAAUUGUUGAAAGUUUUUCAGAUUUCAGAUAUUAAACGAAUAAGACUGAUUUAAACUAAUAUUAAUGAACCAAAUUGCAUUUUGACUAAUUUUAUUGAAUAUAAAUAUUACGCCAGGUGUAUGUACUCUACAAUAAAGAAUAAAAAUUGUGUAUAAACGUAUUUUUCAUUUUUAUUAUAUUAUAAGGACAACGUAGUCUACAGAUGCAAGCAGAGUUUAUCUAGGAAUUAGUAAAUGUGCAAUAGUUGCAUUGUUUUCAAUGUUAUCGAAAAAUGUUUAAUUGUGUGAUUCUAGAUAUUUUAAUUUAGGAACAAGUCCGAUCUGAUCCUUGGAACAAGUACUAUUUUAACAGAAAAAUAAACGUUAAGACAGUACUUUGACAGUAUGUGCUGUGCACAGACCUCUCACUGUACCUAGUUACUCAGCCCUUAAUGCUAAUUUAUUAUUUUUUGAAAUGUAACAUCUAACACUUUUGUGUGCCUUUAUUUUGGUAGAUGCUAUUUAUUGAUGUCAAGCUGGUCUUGUCGUUAGUAAUAGUUGUCUCUUUGUAUGCAUCUGUGUGUGCACCCAAUGAAUAAAUAUUUAACAAACA